UAAACCCUACAAAAAGAGGCUCCAAGGGCACACCAGAAAGGUGACGGAUAAAGCCCCUCCAAGGGGAAUUUGCCCAAUGUCCUCAUAAAGAUGAGUUUAACGAUUUUUACCCUUUCAUAUGGUAUCUGUUUUUUUUUUUUUUUUUUUUUCUACCUUUUCAAUUUUUAAUAAUUCCAAAAUCCCUUUAUAUCCAAAUUAAAUAUUUUUACUUUUAUUGUUUUUUAUGUUUUUUCUUUCUUUUCUUCGCCCGAUUUUUCUCUUCUCCUUCAUCACCCUUCCCCCAAAGCUGGCUCAUCUCUUCUCAUUCAUCAAGCUUUCUUCACUUAGUUGCCCUUUUUCCAAACAGCCCCAUUUCAUCUCUCUGGUCACCAAGUAUUCAAGGUCUAAAAUGUACCACAAGAGAGGACUUUGGGCUAUCAAGGCCAAAAAAGGCGGCGUUUUCCCUCGCCACGAUCCGAAGCCUGCCACAGAGAACCCACCUUAGAAGCCUCCCAAGUUCUACCCCACUGAUGACGUCAAGAAACUGCUUGUCAACAAGCACAAGCACAAGCCCACCAAGCUCAGGUUCAAUUCCGAAAAGGAUGAGUAUUAUACCGGGGACGGUGUUGAUUGUGUUGGCUGGGAGAUUUAAAGGGAAGAGAGUUGUAUUCCUGAAGCAACUUUCAUCUGGCUUGCGUCUGGUGGGCAAGACCGAUCCAUACGUUAUUUUAAGCCUAGGGGACCAAGUCAUACGCAGCGAAAAGAACAGCGAAACCACAGUCAUUGGACCUCCUGGUGAACCAAUUUGGAAUCAGGUAGAACUUGGAAAAGGAGCCGCGCAUUAUGGAGCUCAGAAAUCAGGGUGCAGAAUUAUGAGAACAACAGAGUUGGCUGCUACAGAGGAGAAGCUACAUGAGCUUGAUAGACAAAAGGAAGAAAUGUUGAGGUUUGGUUCCCCUGCUUCCCUUCUCCAAAGGCUUGAAGAUGCAAUGAACAUGACAGAUGAGGAAUCUGAAAAUCUGCACAAGCAGCUUUUUGUGCAGAUAUACAAGAAGCUUCGCACCACUUAAGCGAGCACUAUUCCCAACUUGAAAGUUUCUUCCAAUCUCUUUUAAAAUGCGGCUCCAUGGUAGUAUGUCCAUAAGAGAGUAGUCAGGAGGGAAUUAAUUGUGCAGUUGUAGAAAAUAUUCAAAUAAAUGGAUAUAAAAGUGUCGAAUAAAUGGAAACAUCUCCCAUUUCUAAUCUACCCUGAUUUCUCAUUAACUGUCGAAUAAAGUGGAAAAUAUUUAAACAAAUUGUUUUACCAUCUCCCAUUUCUCAUCUACUUUCAUUAACUUUUAUCCCUCUCUCUUCCUCUCCCUGCUACCACAUUCAAUGAAUCUUAUGUGUCUCCCUCUCUCUUUCUCUUUGGUUGGUUAUGUAUCUUUCAGCCUUUCUUCACACUGACCAACCAUUGCAGAAAACACAAUACCACCUUCAGUGCAGUUCAGUCUCCCUGCAUACCCCCAAUCUUUUGUGAUAACAAAAAGACUGAAAAUCUUCAUUGUGGAGCCCAUAGAUUUCAAAAUGUGUAAUUAAAGUAUACGUUCAUGCACAGCAGAGUUAAAGAUUUUGGGUAUGUGUAUAUAUAUAUAUGUACAUAUACGUGUA